UUUUUCUACAACGUGUUAACUUUUCAAAUUACCAAUACCACGCAGCCUAUACAAUCUCACGGCAAAGACUUGGCAACGCGCGUGGCUUCAUUUUCUUUCUUUUUUAACAAAUGCUGAAUUCAACCAUUCUUGCAUGCUCAUAUUUUUCCAUGCUUCUUACUGAUGGGUCUGGUCCUGUUGGUUCACACGCACCUAGAUCAUUGUGAUCAUUUGAACGCAGAAUAAGGAUCACUACAUUAGAAAGCUCUUUGUGUGUCACCUGAAUUAUUCAUUCGAAGAAUUCAAAUCCUAUAUUCAGGAGCAUGCUAUGGCUACUAGGAUCAUAGAAAGCUUGGUAAAAAUCAGUGAAACAUAUUCUCUAAUCUUUGAUCUGCUCUACGGAUUCAACAGCUUCAAUGAUAAUGUACAAGUGCUAGAAAUGAAACUAGAAGAGUUAUGCAGCCUAGAAUAUGACAUAAACAAAGAGCUUGAAAUUGCAGAGCUACAGCAAGGCAAGAAAAGAAAACGAGAAGUUGAAAAUUGGCAGAGAAAUGUUCAAAGGAAGAAAAUUGAAGUCUAUGGCAUAGUUCAGGAAUUGAGGGACUGUGGAGUGUUUAAGCAUCUAAAGUUAACUGCACAAGUAAAGAAACUAAUAGGACAAGUGACAGAUCUUGUGGAGCGUGGUAGGUUUCCUAAAGGAAUUGUGGGGUGUGCACAUGAAUCUAGAGGAUAUGCAUUGUUGACAACAAAAUUAGCAGGUGCAAUGUUUCAGAAAAAUGUUGCUAAGAUAUGGGAUUGGUUGAUGAAUGAUGGUGAGUUGAUAAUUGGUGUGUAUGGAAUGGGAGGAGUGGGGAAAACUAGUAUGCUAAUGCACAUACAUAAUAUGCUUUUAACAAGAGUCACCAACUUUGAUAGUGUGUUUUGGGUGACUCUCUCACAGUCAUUUAGCAUUCACAAAUUGCAGUGUGAUGUAGCCAAAAUAGUUGGGCUAGAUAUUUCAAAAGAAAGUGAUGAAAGGAAAAGAGCAGCAAGAUUAUCAUGGACAUUGAUGAGAAGGAAAAGAUGUGUACUUUUUUUGGAUGAUGUGUGGAGUUAUUUUCCACUAGAGAAGGUGGGAAUUCCUGUGAGGGAAGGGCUAAAGUUGGUUUUGACAAGUCGUUCAUUAGAAGUGUGUCGAAGGAUGAAUUGUCAAAACAAUGUCAAAGUGGAGCCUCUUGCUAAGGAAGAAGCAUGGACCUUGUUUCUAGAUAACCUUGGACAACAGACUACUCUUUCUCCAGAAGUAACAAAGGUUGCUAGGUCUGUCGCAAAAGAAUGUGCUGGUUUACCCCUUGCAAUUAUUACAAUGGCCAGGAGCAUGAGGGGAGUGGAAGAAAUUUGUGAGUGGCGGCAUGCUCUGGAAGAACUAAGAAACACAGAAAUUAGGCUGGAAGAAAUGGAAAUGGAGGUACUCCGUGUGUUGCGAUUUAGCUAUGAUCACUUAAAUGAUAACAUGCUACAAAAGUGCUUCUUAUGUUGUGCAUUAUAUCCUGAAGACUUUGAAAUAGACAGGGAUGUUUUGAUAGAAAGUUUUGUUGAUGAGGGACUGGUGAAUGGAAUGAAAAGUUUGGAGGCUAUGUUUGAUGAAGGACAAACCAUACUGAAUAAGCUUGAAAACAGUUGUCUUUUGGGGAAAGUGGAAAAUUAUGUUGGUGGAAAAAAAUGCAUGGGGUUACAGGAUGCCAGCAGUCAUAUAGCUAUCAGCAUGAUGAAAAGGGGAUGCCAAUGUGUGGCACCAAUAGAUAAUGUGGAAGGCUAUUAUGUGGGAAGUCAAUUGGUGAAAAUGCAUGAUUUGGUGAGGGCUAUGGCUAUUAAUGUUAUAAAGGUGAACUACCAUUUUCUUGUGAAGGCUGGGUUGCAAUUGACUGAGAUUCCAGAUGAAGUAGAAUGGAACGAAGACCUGGAGAAGGUUUCUCUGAUGUGUAAUUGGAUACAUGAAAUUCCAACAGGCAUAUCACCUAGGUGUCCUAAACUUAGAACCUUGAUCUUGAAGCAUAAUGAAUCCCUGACAAGUAUCUCAGAUUCUUUUUUUGUUCACAUGUCUUCACUCCAAGUUCUUGAUUUGUCCUUCACAGACAUUGAGGUUUUGCCAAAAUCUGUGGCUGACUUGAAUACCCUCACUGCUUUGUUGCUAACAUCUUGUAAGAGGUUGAAGCACAUGCCUUCGCUAGCAAAGCUGCAGACCUUAAUAAGAUUGGACCUAUCUUUUACUGCGAUCACAGAAAUACCUCAAGAUUUGGAAACGUUGGUCAACCUUAAAUGGCUUAAUCUUUAUGCAAAAAAUUUGGUGUCAACAGGAAAAGAAAUAGCAAAAUUGAUUCACCUGCAGUUUCUGAUUCUUCAUUGGUGGUCCAGAAAGAUAAAAGUGAAAGUAGAACACAUAUCAUGCCUGGGAAAGUUGGAAACAUUUGCUGGUAACUUAUACAACAUGCAGCAUUUCAAUGCCUAUGUGAAAACAAUGCAUGAAUAUGGACCUAGAAGUUACCUUCUUCAGUUAGACAGUGAAGAGUCUCCUGGUAAAUCUCCAUGGUACUUUUUUGCUGAAGUUUGUUUCAGCAAGGAUGUGAUCAUUUCAAACUGCAAAAUCAGAACAGGAGUAACACCCCUUAUGCUCCCUUCAGACAUUCAACGCUUGAAGGUUGAAAGAUGUCAUGACAUAAGAAGCUUAUGUGAUAUUUUGUCAUUAAAAAAUGCCACUUCUUUGAAGCGCUGUGAGAUUGCUGACUGUGAUGGCCAAGAGUACUUGUUUUCUUUAUGUUGCUCUUCCUCCUGCUGCACCUCUCUUCACAACAUAGAAUCUGUGGAACUCUAUUACCUGAAAAACUUGCACACUCUUUGCAAGGAAAACGAAGCUGUGGCUCAAACCCUUCCACCUCCAGGAGCUUUUACUUGUCUCAAGUAUUUUUGCAUCUACCAUUGUCCCAUUAUCAAGAAGUUGCUGACACCAGGAUUGCUAGCCUAUCUACAGAACUUGGAAGAGAUAAUUGUUCAUAAUUGCAAGUCAAUGGAGGAAAUAAUUUCAGUAGAUGGCAUAGAUUAUGAAAGCUCUGGUGGUAACAAAUAUUGUGUGGCUAAUAGAGAUGCUGUUAAAGUCACACAUCCAAAGUUAGUAUCAUUAUCAUUGAAGCACCUACCAGAACUCAGGAGCAUAUGUAGAGGACUAAUGAUAUGCGAGUCUCUACAAAACUUUAGGAUCUUUAAAUGCCCUAAACUAAUAAGGCUCCCUGAAACUGCUACCCCAGUUCAGACUUUGUACGAUUGUUUCUGACUCUGACCAAUCACCAUAGACUAGGUUGACUAUUAGAUUUUGAUAUACAAAGUCUAUUAAUCUUGAGAGAUUUUGAUGGGGUUGGGUGAUUAAAAUCUAAUUGAAAAUUUGUUGGUUGAAAUGUAAAUAUUGAAACGUUGAAGACAACAUAAAUCUCUUAAUAAGAUUAGUUGAUUGCCUUGCCUAAUUCCUCAAGUCCUCAGUAAAGACUGUUCUGGCAAUUCUGGGGUGGAACGUUUGGUGUAUAGAAAACUAAUGUUCAAUGUGAAUGUAGAAGUUUAUCAUCUCACCUUGGGUUUCAUCUUCCAUGUUAUGAUUGUUAUCCAAUUGCGUAAUUCGGCAUCAUAGCCAUAUCUCUGUAAAUAAUGAAAAACCUAUAUUUUUUUCUUC